GUUUGGACCGCCAACUUACUUGCUCUUCUGCUUUCAUCUCAUCCCAUUUAUUCCACAUCUUGUAUCCCCAAGUUCUCCUUCCGCAACAUUGAACUUUCUCUACUUCUAACCUCAUCACAAUGGCAAUCGAUCACACCACUCUUUUUGUACCCGAAGACAAAUUCCAAGAAUGCCUCAAUUUCUACCUUGAAGCUCUCAAGCCCCUUGGCUAUCAAGUUCGUCAUCAAUUCGGCGAGUUCGUCGUUGGUCUUGGAUCGAUCAACGAAGACUCGGACAGUUACAAACGUGCCGACUUCUGGGUCUUUGGAUCGAAGACUAUACCUGAGCGGCCUGCUCAUAUCGCGUUCGCCUGCCACAAUCAUACUUCUGUUGACGCUUUUUAUGCCGCGGCGAUUAAAGCCGGUGGCAAGGACAAUGGCCCUCCGGGGUUGCGAUCGUUCUACCAUCCCAAGUAUUACGCUGCCUUUGUGCUAGAUCCUGCGGGGAAUAAUAUCGAGGUUGUUGAUCAUGGUGUUUAGUAUUACAUGCGGGUAUGCCAUGAAAUGAGAGGGAGUGAGUGGAUUGCAAGCCUACAUGCGGAAACGCUGGGUAUACACCAGCCUUUUUUAUGAGUUCCCACGCAUACGAUUGCUUUUUGAAUGGUUCCCCUAUUCGAAAUUGAUUCUCAGGUUGUAUUCAGUUAGUUUCAAUAUAGUAUUAACACUUGUAUUCUCUA